AUGUCCAUUUUCCGCCUUCAUUUGCUUGUUCACUCUCUAAUACCGAGACAGAUUCCACAUGCAUUCCAACAACGUCUUUCGGCUGAAAAGAUGCCGACUCUCGCAUAUACGUUUCCCGCCUUCGAGGCCAUGACCAAUGCCCUGGAGACGCAGAAGCUCGAUCAUUCUGAGCUGGCCUCCAUUGUCGACAAGGGCUUGGAUAAGCUGGGCUCAUAUCGCGAGCGUGUGCCGACUGUACCGGCAUACACGCUAGCAAUGCUAUCAAGCUUCAAUGGCUGCAGCGUUCCCGGUCGGUGA